AUGUUGAAAAUCGCUCUUCUCGUUUUGACAUCAUUAGUGGCCAGCAUCACAGUACGGGCUCAACAACCCUACUACCUGCAGCAAUGUCCGCGUGAUGAGCAAUACAUUAAUGAAUGCUUACGUGACAGUGGCAACAAAUUGGUCCAUUAUCUGCGGCAAGGUAUUCCCGAGCUGGAGAUGUAUGAGAUUGAACCAGUUGAUAUCGAUGAAAUUGGCAUUUCAUUGGGUUCAGGUCCCGAUGGUUAUCGUGCCUUGUUCCGCAACAUUCAAGCAUUUGGUGUUAGUAAUUUGACAAUUACAAAUGUGAGAUCCGAUUUGGAGUCAUUGCAAUUUCAGCUGACCUGUGAGAUACCACGCAUCAAGGUUAGAGCCCAAUAUCGUUCAAGCGGUGUUUUAAUUUUGGUCAAAGCAUCUGGUGCCGGUGAAUAUUGGGGCGAAUAUGAGGGUGUCAAGUCAAAAAUGUAUUUCAAGGCUGCACCACAUGAGGGUCCAGAUGGCCGUACAUAUUUGACCACCGAACAGGUGAAAAUGGAUUUCAAUGUCAAGGACAUACAGAUGGGUGUUGAUAACAUUGCCAAUGGCAAUUCGGUUAUACAGGCCGCCUUGAAUCUGUUCAUCAACUCCAAUGCCCAGGAAUUGCUGAAGGAAAUGAAACCAGCAUUGCGCACAAAACUCACUCUGGUCAUGCGUAACUUCAUGGAUCGCCUGUUUGCCCGAAUCCCCCUCGAGGAAUGGAUUAAUUUGGAUUAA